GUGUAAGUGUAAAAAAGAAAAAGGGUAUACAUAUCAUUAAUUGAGUAAAACCUAAGCAAGUCUCUUCUAUAGAUAUGUGUUUGGAAGUAUUUCUCCCCUUCAUUGUUCCAAAAGGACCCUCAAUUGGCUGCGUAUGCGAUUAAAAUAUACGUAAAGCUUCCAUUCAAGUCCUAGAUGUGUUAUAAAAGUGUACGCUAUUUGAAAGCACACGAAAAACGUUCGGCAGUAUACGGUAAUGCGUGUGUAUGAGUGAAUGCAUGUAUGUUUUUUUGUGUAUGGAUAGGUGACGUCACGCCAACCGCCACUAUUGUGUUUCAAUAUUAUCGCGAAGUGGUGAUUUUCGUGGACGGAGAUUAUAUAAUUGUUUGCUUUCCCCACUGCUUCGAGUGGAAUGUGAAAAGUCAAGUCUGUGUCCACAUGAUGUGAUAUGGUAUGCUCCUUUGUCUGAUGCACCUAUUGAAGAGUAAAUACCUUUAGACAUCCCAAUGCUAUUCAAAUUCUCUGAAGUGGACUGUUUUUACUUUCUGUUUGUUGAUGUGGUGCGGUGUGGAUACUAUUGGUUCUUUAGUUAUCGACACCACCUACGCAGUGCAUUCCAAUGCGUUGAUUCGGAAAAAGGGCACUACCAAUGUGGUGUUAGAUUUCUUAGUUAUGCUACAAGGACACAUGUUUAUAAAUUCAGACUCCCUCUCCACUGCUAAGCCCAAUAAAACCCCUAAAGGAUGAAAAAGGACAAAACACUACUACUAAUGUCGGAAGCAGCCCCAGGAUUGGUGUGCUUGCUGACGAUUUCCUUUGAACUUUAUCUUUCGCUCCGAUCUGACGGGGAACGGGUGAUCUGUGUUUGCGUCCCUAUUAUAAUUAGUUUUUUGUGUAUGGAUAGGUGACGUCACGCCAACCGCCACUAUUGUGUUUCAAUAUUAUCGCGAAGUGGUGAUUUUCGUGGACGGAGAUAUUUCUUCUGGCAUACUCUCAGCAUGUAUGUGGAAUAAAAAAUUAUGUGAUUUCUAUAAAAUAUGUCUUCCAAGUAUUCUUGGGCGUUAUCCCUUUCUGUGUUUUUAUACCAUUCCCA